CGGAAUUCCAACUCGGGAACUCUGGCGUCUUCCGACCUGAAGAUCACUGAUUUAACCACGUAUUUUCCGAGUUCCCAGUUCGUUUGAAUGCGUCAUGAGUCUUGAACCUGGUCUGAAUUUGCACAUCCUUCUACGUGGUACGGUGUUUGCAAAGGUAGUAGCCAGGAGGAGUGGCCAGCCAGCAUCCAGUCCAAAACAGCAGAACUCGAGGCAACUCACAGGUAAGACAUCUUCAUUCUUCAAGAUUUUUUUUAAUUAUAAACGGCAAAUGCUGUGUAAACUUUAAAGCGUAUUCUGGGACCUAAUUUCUACCUUGAUAGCUAUCUGACACAAUGGUCGCAGUAGCUGUUAGCUGGCUAGCUAACUAAAAUGCUAUUUGCAUUGGAUGACGCUACACUUAACAAGCUACUUACUGCUAGCUAGUUAGCUACCUGCUAGCCUCUUGGUUGCACGACAACACGAGCCAUUUGUCAACAUCUAAAAUAUGUGUUACUGUUCAGAGUUUGCAAAUCAGGUGAACGUUCUAUUAAUUUUGCGUGGUGCUUAAUCAACUCCUUCCAACUUUGACCAUUCACAAAUAUGUCAGCAACAACGUAGUCAACGUUAACUAGCUACAGCCAGUUGGGUAACAUUGAAUGUGUAGCAGGCAGCAUUCAAACAACAAAUACGUUCACUGACUGUCAAUACAGUUGGGCAGAAGGCUACUGGCUAUGUCAUCAUGUUUCAAUUCCACAACUCAUGAUAGGUAGCUAGCUAACAAGUUAGCUAGUGAUUUGUAAAGCAAGGACUUUACAGCAAGUUAUCAUUUUACAUCAAUUUAGUUGUCUUUUGUCAUGGGUCUGUUCUCUAGUCAUUUUAGCUAGCCUAACCACCGUUUAGAUUAGGAUGAUAUGUAUCCCAUUUUGGUUAUGCAAAUAGAUUAGGAGAAAUAAGAAGAACGUGGCAACAUGUGAUGUGUCUAAGCUAAUCACACACACAAAAGCAGUUACAGCCUAAGAUUACUACCCUGGACAAACAUGAAUAGUGUGCAUUGAAAGACAAUGGCUUGAAACAGUGUCAACAACAUGAAACCAAAGAGCGAACAGGUGUGAGUGAAGAGGAGAGAAUCGUUCCACUUUAGCUACUUUUCCUUUUGGUUGGCGGGAGUAUAUAGAGGCGAACGUGUAUAGAUUAAACACCACAGAGUGUACAGCCAAGGUAAAGAAGCCUACUGUGAAUUCUGUUGUCGCAUAGGCCUAGCCUCUGUCACAGGCAUUCACUGAAGCCUGGGAACCCCAAGGCUAGUUGUGGUAUAAUCCCCUGGUGGAAUGCUAUAAAUGCAAGUGUCGAUGAAAAUUAAAUAUUUAUUUCUUCAUAUCCAGGUACAGCGUGCAGAGGAAUUGAGUUUAUUUUAAGUGACCCAUCUUCAUUCACAUGCAACUGGAUUUUCUCUGAAUUUAAACUUUGCACCAGUGGAAAAUCAAUAAAAGAAUUCAAAGUAGGCAUAAUGCUUUUUUACAUUAGUGACAAUGAUUAGGAAACUUCCCCAGAAUUUUGUGUCAUCAAGGGAUGAGUGAUCAGGGGUCCUGUUGCUCUCUACCCAGUUAUUCCUCCUGUGGCUGCUGCAGAGGAAAACCAGAUAUCGUAAACCAAGACUGAAGCCUACCACAUUUUUGGGGAUUUGACACUGAACCUCUACAACUGAGAAACCAUGGGAGUCUGUCCUGCUAUGUCCAUGUUUUUCCGGAAGUGCAAGUAUAUGGUACUGUUGCUGCUCUCCGUCUCCGUCUUGGCUUGGUACGCCACUUUUGCCCGUGAAACAGUGAAAGCAAUUCAGGAUACCCUUUUGCCAACACAAACACUUGCUGAUAAUGCUGAGGUCCCGAGUGUGGGAGAACAAAACUCCUGGAGAUCAGUGACACAGGUCUUCUCCAAUCCUCUCCCUGACACCCCACCACCAAAACAAAGCUGUCCUGAGAAAUCGCCACUGCUCCGUAAGUACAGACUCUGAGUAUCCACAGAUGUAAUUGUAAGCUUUUCUAUAACCUACUUACUGAUGAUGAUAUGUUACUGUAAAAUUCCUUGUAAAGAACAUGAUGUACGGUGUGGCUUAACGUUGGGGGAAUAACAUUGGUAAUAAAGAAAAUACUUUAAUGUUUUAUGUAGGGAUUGUGUAACAAGCAUUUGUUACUCCUAAACACUGCUAGGCUAUGGCUCGAUUGAUUACUUUCACAUACUGUAGCAAUCUGUGGUAAUCUCAUUCCCGGAAACUUCCGUCCAUGCGCAAAGAGUCUGGUGGACAAACAGGUCAAACUUGUCCUUCGUUAGCCAAUACAGAGAGCUGUGAGAAUCUCCCGGCUCAUAGGCAUUUGCUUAAUCUACCAACCAAUCAUCUCCUACAACACCUUCCUCCCUAAACCUCCCCCGUACGCUAGCACACCACAAGCACAGAGCCACGCCUCGCAGUCGUGUGAUUCACUAAAAUUAAAUGAUGACAAAUACUUUACUCAGUAGGUCACUCCCGCUAAGUCUAACUUGGAGUGGUUGAUAUCCCAGGCUUAUAUGCACUGUGUGCAGUAGCCUGGGGAUGAAGUUACCUGUGCGGUAACAAUUAGCAUGUAGCUUACAUACAAUGGCUCCUUGUUGACAGGAAGUGUACAGCUGUUGUAAUUGUAUAGAGUGAUUCCAUAUGAAACCAGGACAAAAAAAAUACUUUUUUUCCCCACGAGAUUUAAUCCAUGAAUGGUCCUUUUUGGAGGAAGGUUUGUUGACAUAUAUUUGACAUUUGUAUCUAAAAGCAAAACUGAGAAAUAAUUAAGAUUGUUUUGAUCACGCAGACUGGGAUAUGUUCCGGGUAGCUUGCCAAAAUAAUUUAGACGAAUACACUGAAACGGUGACUGAGUUUAUCAGGAAGUGUAUAGGUGAUGUUGUGCCCACUGUGACUAUUAAAACCUACCCUAACCAGAAACCAUGGAUAGAUGGCAGCAUUUGCGCAAAACUGAAAGUGCGAACCACCGCAUUUAACCAUGGCGAGGUGACUGGGAAUAUGGCAGAAUACAAACAGUGUAGCUACUCACUCCGCAAGGCAAUUAAACUGGCAAAACAUCAGUACAGAGACAAAGUGGAGUCGCAAUUCAACGGCUCAGACACAAGACGUAUGUGGCAGGGUCUACAGACAUUCGCGGACUACAAAAAGAAAACCAGCCACGUCGCUGACACCGACGUCUCGCUUCCAGAGAAGCUAAACACCUCCUUCGCCCGCUUUGAGGAUAUCACAGUGCCAUUUACGAGGCCCACUACCAAGGACUGUGGCCUCUCCUCCUCCGUGGCCGACGUGAGUAAGACAUUUAAGCAUGUUAAUCCCCGCAAGGCUGCCGGCCCAGAAGGCAUCCCUAGCCGCGUCCUCAGAGCAUGCGCAGACCAGCUGGCGUGUUUACGGACAUAUUCAAUCUCUCCCUUUCCCAGUCUGCUGUUCCCACAUGCUUCAAGAUGGCCACCAUUGUUCCUGUACCCAAGAAAGCAAAGGUAACUGAACUAAAUGACUAUCGCCCCGUAGCACUCACCUCUGUCAUCAUGAAGUGCUUUGAGAGACUAGUCAAGGAUCAUAUCACCUCUACCUUACCUGUCACCCUAGACCUACUUCAAUUUGCUUACCUCCCCAAUAGAUCCACAGACGAUGCAAUAGCCAUCACACUGCACACUGCCCUAUCCCAUCUGGACAAGAGGAAUACCUAUGAAGAAUGCUGUUCAUUGACUAUAGCGCAGCAUUCAACACCAUAGUACCCUCCAAGCUCAUCAUUAAGCUUGAGGCCCUGGGUCUGAACCCCGCCCUGUGCAACUGUGUCCUGGACUUCCUGACGGGCCGCCCCCAGGUGGUGAAGGUAGGAAACAACAUCUCCACUUCGCUGAUCCUCAACACUGGGGCCCCACAAUGAUGCGUGCUCAGCCCCCUCCUGUUCACCCAUGACUGUGUGGCCAAGCAGGCCUCCAACUCAAUCAUCAGGUUUGCAGACCACACAACAGUAGUAGGCUUGAUUACCAACAAUGACGAGACCGCCUACAAGGAGGAGGUGAGGGCUCUGGGAGUGUGGUGCCAGGAAAAUAACCUCUCACUCAACGUCAACAAAACAAAGGAGAUGAUCGUGGACUUCAGGAAACAGCAGAAGGUGCACCCCCCUAUCCACAUCGACGGGACCGCAGUGGAGAAGGUGGAAAGCUUCAAGUUCCUUGGCGUACACAUCACUGACAAACUGAAAUGGUCCACCCACGCAGACAGUGUAGUGAAGAAGGCGCAACAGAGCCUCUUCAACCUCAGGAGGCUGAAGAAAUUUGGCUUUGCACCUAAAACCCUCACAAACGUUUACAGAUGCACAAUUGAGAGCAUCCUGUCGGGCUGUAUCACCGCCUGGUAUGGCAACUGCACCGCCCGCAACCGCAGGACUCUCUACAGGGUGGUGCGGUCUGCCGAACGCAUUACCGGGGGCAAACUACCCGCCCUCCAAGACACAUACGGCACAUCAAUGCGAGCUGUGGCAAGAAGGUUUGCUGUGUCUGUCAGCGUAGUGUCCAGAGCAUGGAGGCGCUACCAGGAGACAGGCCAGUACAUCAGGAUAUGUGGAGGAGGGCGAAUGAGGGCAACAACCCAGCAGCAGGACUGCUACCUCUGCCUUUGUGCAAGGAGGAGCAGGAGGAGCACUGCCAGAGCCCUGCAAAAUGACCUCCAGCAGGCCACAAAUGUGCAUGUGUCUGCUCAAACGGUCAGAAACCGACUCCAUGAGUGUGGUAUGAGGGCCCGACGUCCACAGGUGGGGGUUGUGCUUACAGCCCAACACCGUGCAGGACUUUUGGCAUUUGCCAGAGAACACCAAAAUUGGCAAAUUCGCCACUGGCGCCCUGUGCUCUUCACAGAUGAAAGCAGGUUCACACUGAGCACAUGUGACAGAGUCUGGAGACACCGUGGAGAACGUUCUGCUGCCUGCAACAUCCUCCAGCAUGACCGGUUUGGCGGUGGGUCAGUCAUGGUGUGGGGUGGCAUUUCUUUGGGGGGCCGCACAGCCCUCCAUGUGCUCGCCAGAGGUAGCCUGACUGCCAUUAGGUACCGAGAUGAGAUCCACAUACCCCUUGUGAGACCAUAUGUUGGUGCGGUUGGCCCUGGCUUCCUCCUAAUGCAAGACAAUGCUAGACCUCAUGUGGCUGGAGUGUGUCAGCAGUUCCUGCAAGAGGAAGGCAUUGAUGCUAUGGACUGGCCCGCCCGUUCCCCAGACCUGAAUCCAAUUGAGCACAUCUGGGACAUCAUGUCUCGCUCCAUCCACCAACGCCACGUUGCACCACAGACUGUCCAGGAGCAUGCCCAGGCGUUGUAGGGAGGUCAUACAGGCACGUGGAGGCCACACACACUACUGAGCCUCAUUUUGACUUGUUUUAAGGACAUUACAUCAAAGUUGGAUCAGCCUGUAGUGUGGUUUUCCACUUUAAUUUUGAGGGUGACUCCAAAUCCAGACCUCCAUGGGUUGAUAAAUUUGAUUUCCAUUGAUAAUUUUUUCGUGAUUUUGUUGUCAGCACAUUCAACUAUGUAAAGAAAAAAGUAUUUAAUACGAUUAUUUCAUUCAUUCAGAUCUAGGAUGUUAUUUUAGUGUUCCCUUUUUUUUUUUUUGCAGUGUAUUUAAAAAAUAUAUAAAUAUUUAAAUGUUUUCAGAAACUAGUGCAAUGUAAAUAUUUUGCAAUGGAGUUAAUUGAGUAAAGCAUAGAUAAUGAAUUUGUCCAUAAGACUUUACUAUUUAAUUGUCUGUAUUUUAAUUAUGCCUACUAUUAUCUGCCUACAGAGGGAGUCCUGAAGCUCACAUUUGAGGACUCUCUAACGCUGAAGGAGGUGGAGCGUGAGAACAGUGGAGUGGCUGAGGGCCAAUACCAGCCUCCAGACUGCCUUGCCCAGCAGAGUGUGGCUGUCCUCAUUCCCCAUCGUAACCGGGAGAAACACCUCCUCUACCUCCUGCAUCAUCUGCACCCCUUCCUCCAGAGGCAGCAGCUGCACUACGGCAUCUACGUCAUCCACCAGGUAUUACUCUCAUGAUGUGUAGUAACAGGAAAUUAUGUCAGUUUCACUCUUAGAGCUAAUCAUUUGUGAGCAAAUUUGUAUAACCGUUUCAUGAAGAGGACUUAAAUGUUCAACAUGUUUCACUUGACUCAAGAAUAUUGAUGGGAAAAGUGCAGCACUGAUUCUGAGCCUGAUAUGGGUUACAAACGUUGAAAUUGAUGAUUUGUUUGUUUUGACAGGCUGGAGAGGUGAUGUUUAACCGGGCCAAGCUACUUAAUGUUGGGUACUUGGAGGCACUCAAGGACUACAGUUGGGAUUGCUUUGUUUUUCAUGAUGUGGAUCUGGUUCCAGAGAAUGACAACAACCUAUACAAGUGUGACCAACAGCCCAAACACUUAGUGGUCGGCAGGAACUCCACAGGGUACAAGUAAGUAUCUCAGCUCUCAACCCAUAUCCACCUACAGUACCAGUCAAAAGUUUGGACACACCUGCUCAUUCAAGGGUUUUUCUUUAUUUUUACUAUUUUCUACAUUGUAGAAUAAUAGUGAAGACAUCACAACUAUGAAAUAACACAUAUGGAAUCAUGUAGUAACCACAAAAGUGUUAAACAAAUCAAUCUAUUUUAUAUUUGAGUUACUUCAAAUGGUGACAUAACAUGGCACUUUCUUCAGUCCUCUUGCUAUGGUGGCUAACAGGCCUAGUUACCAUGGUCCUAUCAAUUAUCAGUGAUGGGCUCAUAGAAGAUGGUUCAAAUACUUAGAAUUCAAAUUCUGAAGAAUCUUUGUUUCCCACAGUCUCAUUAUUUGCAACACUGUGGUGCUGUGGGGGCUUAUUCAAAUGAAACAAAACACAUCAGGAGUUUCAAGGUCGAUGUGUACCUGUGGCAGACAGAUAGCAUAAGGGCCUGUAGUGGCCACUACUUCACACAGAGUACAGUAUGUUUUUCUUAAAUGAAAAAGUGGAGGAAGAAAGUGGGGAAAAACUAUAAUAUUAAGCAUUAAGGUUAUUUUCUGAGAUUAAAUAGGCUAGAAAGGGAGGACUGAAAAAGGCCAGAUGCCCAGAUGAUAGCAAUACAUUAUAGAGAUAGCCAGAGGGAUAAAUAAUUCUAAAAAUAUUAAAAGAGAGAAUCAAUCAUUUUGAUUUGAUUCAUGUCGUUACUGCUUUUAAUGAGCUCAAGCCUACAAUUUAUAAAACUUUGACUUAAUGUCUUGAACAUUUUUAAACCCAGAUUGCUUCAUUUACCAGGGUAAGCGUAAACUACAGUAUGUUCAUUAUAGUGGAUAAUCUAAAUAGCCUAUUUGGUGACUGGCUGAGCAUUGAACAUUGAACUUCUAUUAAGGCAAGUUGUCCAGGUCCUGAGGCAACAAAGCAUCCCCAAACCAUCACACCACCACCACCAUGCUUGACCUUUGGCAUGAUGUUCUUACUGUGGAAUGCAGAGUUUGGUUUUCGCCAGGCGUUACUGGAACCAUGUUGUCCAAAAAGUUAUACUUUUGAAUCAUCUGUCCAUAGACGACUUGCCUUAAUAGAAGGAACCAUGAAUUCUGCUCCGUAUCAGAGAAUUCUACAGGAGAAUGUCAGACCAUCCGUCUGUGAGCUGAAGCUGAAGCGCAGCUGGGUCAUGCAGCAAGAAUGAUCCAAAACACACAAUCAAGUCUACAUGAAAAUUGCUAAAAAACAACAAAUUGGAAGUUUUGGAAUGGCCUAGUCAAAGUCCAGACCUAAUCCCAAUUGAGAUGUUGUGGCAGGACAUGAAACGAGCAGUUCAUGCUUGAAAACCCACACGUCACUGAGUUAAAGCAGUUCUGCAUGGAAGAUUGGGCCAAAAUUCCUCCACAGUGACGUGAGAGACAGAUUAACUACUACAGGAAGCAUUUGGUUGGAGUCAUUGCAGCUAAAGGUGGCACAACCAGUUAUUGAGUGUAAGGGGGCAAUUACUUUUUCACACAGGGGAAUUGGGUGUUGCAUAACUUUGUUUAUGAAAUAAAUAUGUAAUUGUUGUGUUAUUUGUUCACUUAUGUUCCCUUUAUCUAAUAUUAGGUUUUGGUUGAAGAUCUGAUAACAUUCAGUAUCACAAAUAUGCAAAAGUAGAGAAAAUUAGAAAGGGGGCAAAUACUUUUUCAUAGCACUGUAUGUAUAUGUAUGUGUAAAUAUAUGUAUGUGUAUAUAUACAUACACAUAUAUAUAUAUUUACACAUACAUACAUACAUACAUACAUACAUACAGUACCAGUCAAAAGAUUGAACACACCUACUCAUUCAAGGCUUUUUCUUUAUUUUUACUGUUUUUUACAUUGUAGAAUAAUAGUGAAGACAACAAAACUAUGAAAGAACACAUGGAAUCAUGUAGUAACCAAAAAAGUAUUCAACAAAUCAAAAUAUAUUUUAUAUUUGAGAUUCUUCAAAUAGGCCACCCUUUGCCUUGAUGACCGCUUUGCACACUCUUGGCAUUCUGUCAACCAGCUUCACCUGGAAUGCUUUUCCAACAGUCUUGAAGGAGUUCCCACAUAUGUUGAGCACUUGUUGGCUGCUUUUCCUUCACUCUGCCAUCUGACUCAUCUCAAUUGGGUUGGGGGAUUGUGGAGGCCAGAUCAUCUGAUGCAGCACUCCAUCACUCUCCUUCUUGGUAUAAUAGCCCUUACACAGCCUGGAGGUGUGUUGGGUCAUCGCUGCAGAAUGCUGUGGUAGCCAUGCUGGUUAAGUGUGCCUUGAAUUCUAAACAAAUCACAGACAGUGUCACCAGAAAAGCACCCCCCACACCAUAACACCUCUUCCAUGCUUUACGGUGGGAACUACACAUGCGGAGAUCAUCCGUUCACCCACAUCUCGUCUCACAAAGACACAGCGGUUUGAACCAAAAAUCUCAAAUUUGGACUCCAGACCAAAGGACACAUUUCCAUCGGUCUAAUGUCCAUUGCUCGUGUUUCUUGGCCCAAGCAAGUCUCUUCUUCUUAUUGGUGUCCUUUAGUAAUGGUUUCUUUGCAGCAAUUCAACCAUGAAGGCUUGAUUCUCACAGUCCCCUCUGAACAGUUGAUGUUGAGAUGUGUCUGUGACUUGAACUCUGAAGCAUUUAUUUGGGCUGCAAUUUGAGGCUGGUAACUUCAAUGAACUUAUCCUCUGCAGCAGAGGUAACUCUGGGUCUUCCAUUCCUGUGGCAGUCCUCAUGAGAUCCAGUUUCAUCAUAGCACUUGAUGGAUUUUGCGACUGCACUUGAAGAAACUUUCAAAGUUCUUGACAUUUUCCAUAUUGACUGACCUUCAUGUCUUAAAAGUAAUGAUAGACUGUCGUUUCUCUUUGCUUGUUUGAGCUGUUCUUGCCAUAAUAUGGACAUGGUCUUUUACCAACUAGGGCUAUCAUCUGUAUACCCCCCCCACCUUGUCCCAACACAACCGAUUGGCUCAAACUCAUUAAGAAGGAAAUAAAUUCCACAAAUUAUAUUUUAAGAAGGCACACCUGUUAAUUGAAAUGCAUUCCAGGUGAUUACUUCAUGAAGCUGGUUGCGAGAAUGCCAAGAGUGUGCAAAGCUGUCAUCAAGGCAAAGGUUGGCUAUUUUAAGAAUCUCAAAUAUAACAUAUUUUUUUAGCACUUUCUUGGUUACUACUUAUUUUACCUUUUAUUUAACUAGGCAAGUCAGUUAAGAACAAAUUCUGGGAACAGGUCUGUAAUGUCUUGUUGUUUUUUGCUCUCGUAGAUUGCGAUACAAAGGUUACUUUGGAGGGGUGACGGCCAUGACGAAGGACCAGUUUCACAAAGUGAACGGAUUUUCAAACACUUACUGGGGAUGGGGUGGAGAGGAUGACGACCUUCGCAUCAGGUGAGACCACUGCUAAAUGUUGGACCUCUCUCUAUAUCUCUCACUACAUCUUAGUCAAUACGGAAUGUUAUUGAUCAAUGAUUGAUGUAAUUUGUCUCUGGUAGGGUGGAGCUCCAGAAAAUGAAAAUUAUACGACCCCCCCAUCUUAUAGCACGCUAUACCAUGGUAUUUCAUAAAAGAGAUAGCGGCAACAAAAUCAAUAAAGAAAGGUGAGUCACGGUGGACACAUCAAUGAUAAAUAGCUUGCUGUAUUGGAAAUAUCAUUCGUCAUUGAAUUAAUUUCAUUCUGAAAUAAUUUCUCCUUCACAGGAUGCGUUUGCUAGGACGGACACCUAAAGUCUGGAGAAAGGAUGGCCUUAACACCUGCUCCUACAGUACUCUAUCAGUUGAUAGGCCACCUCUGUACAUUAAUGUCACCGUGGACAUUGGCAAACCACUGCACUGAUGCUUCAGAGCACCUCUCUUCGUUUACUGCUGUGUGUACAUGAUUAGUGAUCUGGUAUGUCCGUGUUACUUACCAGAGGGUCGCAAACAGAAGGUUAGUGGCAGUAGCUGUUGACCAUAAUUAAUGUGAUCUACUCAAAGAUUUCACUGUAAACCAUUCCAAGCAGGGCACGUAAAAUUGCUAGGUCCUCAUAAUGUAAUGUAAGUCUGGAAGCCCUUCAGUCAAAACUGGUGACCAGGUUCUAGCAGUGAGAGUAAGACCAAAAUAUUAUAUUUUUAUUUAUCCUAGACUUAAAGGGGCAAUCUGCAGUUGC